AUGGUGCCGCGCGGCUCCGCGUCGCAGGUCGGCCCUGCGCCCCCCGCUCCCCUCGCCGAUGCUGCCGAUGCUGCCGACGCCGACACAGUGCAAAACUACAUCGCAAUGGCGGUGCCACUCCUACACAUGCUGCAGCAGCGACAGACGGCCCAGGCAGCGGCAGUGGCAGGCGAGAUGAAGCGGCGGUGGGGGGAUCGGGCAGGGCCGGCAACCGAGCUGCUUAGACUGCUGCAGCACCAUGACAAUGCACGACAGGAGCAACUGGAGGUGGCGGGCGAGGAAGAAGAAGGUGAAGAUGAUGAUGGCUCUGCAAGUGGCACCUCCGUUGGCGACGAUGGCAGGAGUAGUGGUAGCAGCAACGAGAACAACGAUGACGAGGAAGAGGAAGAGGAAGAAGAGGACACCGCUGUCGAAAACGAGGAGGUGAUGCAGGCACUACGGCGAAUUCUUGAGAGGCUUCCGCCGUGCCGCGCUGAGGGACCUCCAGGACUUGGGAGAGCCACAUCACCGACGGAGGUGGAGGGACCCGACGAGAAGAGUGAAACUGAGGAGGAGAAGCACAUCUUCAGAGGUGUUGCUGGGGCUGUGGAGCGUGAAAUGAGGCGCCUGGCGGUUGUCCGGAAGCACCGCUGA